AUGGAGAAAACAGUUCACAUUGCCAUUGUUCCAGGUCCUUGGUAUAGCCAUUUAGUCUCUAUUCUUCAAUUCUCCAAGCUACUUGUUCAACUCCAUCCAGAUUUUCAUAUCACAUGUUUCAUUCCCACACUUGGCUCACCCUCAACUGCCUCAAACUCAUUCCUUCAAACUCUUCCAUCAAACAUCAACUACACUUUUCUUCCACCCGUGUAUCCCAAGGACCUGCCACAAGAAUCUACCUUAGAAAGCAAAAUCCAGCUCACAGUGACACUCUCUCUACCAUUUUUACAUCAGGCUUUGAACUCCUUAACUCUAAGGACCCCCCCCUGUGGCACUGGUGGUUGA